CAGCUGGAGGGACCCGCCCUCCUGCUGUCAGGCUGGGAAACACGAGACUCGAACACACGGACUGAACAGAACACGUGAACCCAGCGGAGGGAAACACAGCAGAGACGUCUCUACAAGAAGAGGAGACGCUGUGAAGGCAGAAACAGUCUGCAGAUGAGCUGGCGUGAAGAAAGGGGGCGAGCGACAUAGACAAACACAGAGAGAGAGAGAGAGAGAGAGAGCAGCUGGAGGCGACAGAGCGAGCUUCAGUAGUAAAGAGAGCGAGCGAGCGAGGAGGCAGCAGGACGGAGCUGCUGAGUCCAACUAACAGGUAACCAUGGGAAACACAGACAGUCACAGCAGCUUCGCCUCUCCUGCCAAGUCCUCCUGCACAGUCAGGUUCUCCUCCAGGAGGGAGGAGGUGCCGUCAGCUCGCAGCUGGUGGAGGAGCAGUCAGGGAGGCAGCCGGAGUCGGGGGAGGAGCUACCAGAACCAGCACGCCGCCGGUCCGCCGUACACCUCCUGGCAUUACGAACCCAGAGGAGGAUCCAAACUGGGAGCCGGGUCUCCUCAGAGAUACUCGAGGGGGGAGCGGGUGCAGGGCGGCUGCAGGAGUUACUUGGAGAACGGCGGGGGGAGUAAUCGUGAGAGCGGCGGCAGCCCGAAGGUGCUGCUCAGCAAAGAUGGAAGCAUGAGGGUGGAGUUCACCAACUCCAGGGUCGUUGCCAUGGAGCCUCAGGGGCUGGCCAGCCUCCCCGCCACCACCUCCACGUCUCCACCAGUCGCUGAGCCCUCCCUCCGCACCAGCAAGGGCAGCUCGCUCAGCUCCGACGGCUCCUGGUACGACUCGCCGUGGGGGACCGGUGGCGAGCUUGCUGACAAUGUGUUCGUCAGUGGCGGGUACACCACCUACUCCUCCACCCGCACAGAGGAGACCGCCACCACCAGCAGUGGGUACAACACCUUCUUCUCAGCCCAGGUGGACAUUUCACCAGGAUUUAAUUCCAGCCUCCUCUUCCCCGCGGCGGAGACCAACGAGUUCACCUCCACCACAGGCUACAACACCUGCUCCUCCGGCCGGACGGAGGACAGCGGCAUCGGGGACUCUGUGAUCCUGCAGCCAGAUCUGAUAGACUUCAGUCUGGUUUCACCCUCCUCCAUCUCACUGGACAAUGUUUACUCCAACCACAACACACUGCCGGCCUUCCCCACCACACUGGACGCCUCCCUGCAGCAGGCAACCGCCUUCUCCUGUGCAGCGCUGCUCAAUGAUGUCAUCCAGGAAGAGGAGGGGUCAGGAGGAGGCGUGGAGCAGCUUUACUCCUCCCUCACGCUGCCCUGUCGAAGGGCCGAGCCCGCCAACACUUCCUCCACCUACGCCACCGGGAACAACCGCAAAGACUUCCUGAAAAGCCGAAUCAGACGACUCAGCGACUGGACAGGAAGUCUGAGCAGGAAGAAGAGAAGGAUCCAGGAGCCAUACGGCAGCAACACCAGCGACGUCUUCAUCAACGGACUGGACUCUGGUCUGACCGGCUGCAGCACACUGUGGUCCUCCAACCCUCUCCACACUCUGAACCAGAACCACAACCAGAACCAGUUCCCAUCAUUCCAUUGUGGCCCCUCCAGGAGCCUGAACCUGAACCAGAGCAGCGACGCCCAGCGGCAGAACGUCUACAACAACUUCAUGCAGGAGCUGGAGACGGGCUGCAGCAGCGCAGCCGACCGGACCGAGCCGUCAGAGGGGGACGGCGAGGAAGAGGAGGAAGAGGAGGAGGAAGAGGGGGAGGAGGAGAUGGAUGGGGAGGUGGAGCUGGGUGGAGGCGAGCAGCUGGAUGUCCUGUUUGAGAAGGAGCAGGGCGUGGUGCGACGGGCCGGAUGGCUCUCCUUUAAAGCGCUCAUCACCGUCAACAAGGACCGGAAGCUGGAGCUGGUCGCCCGCCGCAAGUGGAGACACUUCUGGGUCACACUGAAAGGCUGCACUCUGCUGUUCUACGAGACUUACGGGAAAAACACGAGCGCCGAUCAGGAGCUUUCUCCUCGUUACGCUCUGCUGGCCGACGACAGCAUCGUCCAGGCCGUCCCCGAACAUCCCAAGAAGGAGCACGUGUUCUGUCUGAGCAACUCACACGGAGACGUCUACCUGCUCCAGGCCACCAACCAGACCGACCUGGAGAACUGGGUGACGGCGAUCCACUCGGCGAGCGCCUCGCUGCUGGCCAAGCGUCAGGGGAAGGAGGACACGCUGCGUCUCCUGCGCUGCCAGAGCCGCUCGCUGCUGCACAAGAUCGACAUGGACGGAAAGAUGAAGAAGAUGGCCGAGCUGCAGCUGUCCGUCAUCAAGGAGCACAAGAACAGGAAGGCGGUGGAGAGCCAGAUCCAGCAGUGGGAGCAGAACCUGGAGAAACUCAACCUGGACCUGUUCCGGCUGAGGUGCUACCUGUCCAGUCUGCAGGGCAGCGAGCUCCCAAACCCCAAGAGUCUCCUCGCUGUGGCCAGCCGGCCCUCCAAGAGCAUGCUGGGACGCCUGGGAGUCUUCUCCGUGUCCUCCUUCCACGCCCUGGUGUGCAGUCGGGACGAGGCGAUGUUGAGGCGCCGGUGUCGGACUCUGUCGGGAGGACGCCACAGGAGGCGGGGCCUGCCGUCCUCUCUGAAGGCUCUGGAUGGAGUGAACAGACGCAGCGGGGACGACCGACACUCCACCUCCCAGAAACUUGAGUGUGCAUCCAAUCAGAGCGAGGCGACGCCCCCUGCAGGACGUCCUGCAGCUCUACAGGCGACAGACGAGCUGCAGCCGCCGGUCCUCGACAUCGUCACCGUCAACAUCAGUCGACUCGACUCUUCUGGAGACUUUGGUUUCGCGGUGACGGGUCACGUGGACGGAGCAGGAAGAAGUCACGUCUACGUCAGCGAGGUCGACCCGCUCGGACUGUCGGCCAGAGAAGGCCUCAGGGCAGGAGACGAGGUCCUGGUCGUGAACGGGGCCACUGUGGCUGGUCUGGACCUGGACCUGAUGCAGAGCGUCUUCAGCCACAGGCGGCUCCAGCUGCUGCUCAGGCGGGACCAGUCCCCCGACCCAGAGGGACCCGACCCAGAGGGGCCCGACCCCAGUGACCUGUGCCAGCCCCCGGCCCCUCUGGACCCCCAGGCCUGGACCGGUGGAACCACAAGCACGAAUUCAGAUGGCGUCCUGCUUCCUGUUUCUGACGACGUUUCAUUGACAGCUCGUGAGGACGACGAGCAGCAAAACCAGAACAUGGACCGGGUCUACUCUCUAUACCAGACCUUCCCAGAGGGCCGAGCGGCAGAGGCUGACGUCCCCAGGAACCCGUACGGUAGAGAGCAGCCUGCGAGCCCCGCCCACCUGAGUGUGUGUCAGCGCCUGCGAAGAGUCAUCGAGGAGCUGGUGGCCACGGAGAAGUCCUACGUCAAGGACCUGGUCUGUCUGUUUGACAUCUACCUGACCCCCCUGCAGAAGGAGACCUUCCUCAGUAAAGACGAGAUGGAGGCGUUGUUCGGCAGUCUGCCUGAGAUGUUGGACUUCCAGAGAGUUUUUCUUCAGACGCUGGAGGAGAGAAUCGCUUCCUGUCCCGACUUCAGCAGCCUGGAGACACCUGGACAGUUCAAGACGCUGCUCUUCUCUCUGGGAGGAUCUUUUCUCUACUACGCCGACCACUUCAAGCACUACAGCGGCUUCUGUGCCAACCACAUCAAGGUCCAGAAAGUCCUGGAGAGAGCCAAGACGGACGCGGCCUUCAAGCACUUCCUGGAAGCGAGGAAUCCGACCAAUCAGCACUCGUCCUCCCUGGAGUCGUACCUGAUCAAACCCGUCCAGAGAGUCCUGAAGUACCCGCUGCUGCUCCGAGAGCUGGUGUCUCUGACCGACCCCGAGAGCCCCGAGCACACACACCUGACAGAGGCACUCAGAGCGAUGGAGAAGGUGGCGAGUCACAUCAACGAGAUGCAGAAGAUCUACGAGGACUACGGCUCGGUGUUCGACCAGCUGGCUGCAGAGCAGAUCGGACCGAACCGACAGGUGACGGAGAUCUCGAUGGGGGAGUUUCUGGUCCAUUCGUCAGUGGUGUGGUUGAACCCGCUGCCGUCUCUGGGCCGACUGAGGAAAGAACCGGAGCUCACUCUGUUCGUGUUCAAACGAGCCGUCAUCCUGGUUUACCGCGAGAGCAUCAAGCUGAAGAAGAGGAUGACCGGCUCCCGCUCAGCUGAUCUGGACCCCUUCAGGUUCCGCUGGUUAAUCCCAGUUUCAGCAGUUCAGGUCCGACCAGCCAAAAUCACAGGCUCAGAGAACCCGUGUGUGUGGGAGCUGGUCCACAGCCGGUCGGAGGUCGAGGGACGACCGGAGACAGUGUUCCAGCUGUGCAGCAGUGGUUUGGAGACGAAGGCCAGCGUGCUGCGAGCUCUGCGCUCCCUCCUCAGAGAGCGAGUGCCCGGCGGCUCCCUGAGGAGGUCGAGGCUGUCGACGGCGGACAGGAGCAGCUCCUGGAGGAGGAGGCAGCAGCGAUGUCGCUCCGACGCCCAGAGGACGGCUCAUCGGCAGCCGGAGGACAGCCGCAGACCCGCCGGCGGCUCUGUCCUGGGAGACACCUGCUCGGAGCCUCUGCUGCCAAGCCGGGUCGCCGCCAACUCUGCGGGGAAGAGGAGCAGACUCUGCUCCCUGACUAGCGAGCUGGAGGCUCAGCUGCAGAGACUGAACUUCACCGAGGACGAGGCCGAGCGAGGAGCGGCGCCCAGCGAGGACAAGAGCCGGAGCGCCAGUCUGAGACGAAGUACUGCUGGAGAGGCGCUGGAGCUGCUGGAGAGAGACUUCAGCGUUCAGAGCUUGACCUCCAUGAUCAACGAGGACUGUUUCUACGACUCCAUGCUGGGAAUCCAGACGGCCCCCACGCUGCAGGGCUAAUGCUAAUGCUAAUGAGCUAACACAGAGAGGCUGGACCGCAGAGAUGGAAACUGAACUUAUGUCCUGGAAUAGAGGGACGUCUCACUUCUCAACCACACUGAAGGACAAACUGUCUCUACAGCAGGACGACCUCAGGCAGCCGUCUGAUGAGAGAGUUCAGUACAAGUUGAGAGUUUCAGAACCGCCGUGAGGAAACAAGCCUUUCUGUCGACAGUUUGGUGCUGAACAAAGAUACGUUUGUCCUCAGAAAAUCUCGAACAUUUUCUGACUCAAAGCUGGUUUUGUAAAAUCAUGACUUUCUCUAAUAAUAGUUAAACUGAAUUAUUUUGGUUUUUUUGGUGAAACUACAACCUACAAGUGAUUUCUGUAAAAUGUCACAACAGUUUUGUUUCCUCACAUCGACUCUGAACUCGACUGAACUCCAGACUCUUCCUGUUUCGGUCUCUUCAACUAUCAGAAACAAACCACAGACCUCAGAAACUCUUUCAGGAACAACGGAAUCAUUUUUUAAAACAUAAGAAUACAGAAGAGAUUCCAUGACGAGGACGUCGGAUGAAAACAGCACGAGUGACCUCAGAAACUUAAACCCACCAACAUCUGGACCUUCAGUUCUCUGUGAGGGUUCUGAGUUAAUGCAGCUGUCUGUCGCUGAUCGGUCGGACUCACCUGCUCACCUGUUGGUGCUGUACAUAUUUGUCUUGUACAGUUUGUGUUCCAGCGUGUUGUGUAGUUUCUGUGUAACAGAUGUGUUCUUGACAAAAGCAGUUUGGACUGAAGCUGCUGGAUCGGAUCAAAGCCUUCGUGUAACCGCUGGGAUGAAUUCUUGUAUUUAUAUGUUUUGUCUCAUUUGAAAUGAAACUUUCAACUUAUUUUUAUCAGCUGUUAAAAGUAUUUGGUAAUUUAUUUUCUUAAAUAUUUGUGUACAUCUUUUUAACGACGGUCCAAUAAAAAGACAAAGUAUUUAAUUGUU